GGCGGCGGGGCAGCGUCAGCAGCGAUGUCCGGCCGGGGCAAGCAGGGCGGGAAGGCGCGCGCCAAGGCCAAGUCGCGCUCGUCGCGGGCCGGGCUGCAGUUCCCCGUGGGCCGCGUGCACCGGCUGCUGCGCAAGGGCAACUACGCGGAGCGCGUGGGCGCCGGCGCCCCGGUGUACCUGGCGGCCGUGCUGGAGUACCUGACGGCCGAGAUCCUGGAGCUGGCGGGCAACGCGGCCCGCGACAACAAGAAGACGCGCAUCAUCCCCCGCCACCUGCAGCUCGCCAUCCGCAACGACGAGGAGCUCAACAAGCUGCUGGGCAAGGUGACGAUCGCGCAGGGCGGCGUGCUGCCCAACAUCCAGGCCGUGCUGCUGCCCAAGAAGACCGACAGCCACAAGGCAAAAAGCAAGUGAAACAUCUGAGGAGCACUCCCACCUCAAGUAACCCAAAGGCUCUUUUCAGAGCCACCCACUUCCUCAUAAAAGGAGCUGUACAUCCUAGUGAAAAAACAAACUAAAAAACUCCAAUCGUCUCCUUAAAAACGCCAAAACAAAACCUAAAACGAACAACCCACCCCCAAAGCCGUAGUAUCUUAGCUCUUAAAAAACUAGCAAACCACCCCAAACCCUUUACAUCUUGGCUCUUUAAAAUUAAAUUUUAAAAAAAAUUCAUUA